UUCACAUUUAAUUCUUGUUGUUAAUUGUUAAUUUUUACUAUGUUUUUAUGCACACUUCCUCUUCUGUUUAACUUUGAUUCAAUUAUUUUAAGUGGUCGGGGGGCAGACACCAUCACUAUGGGGUUUUGGGUGAGUAAAUGCUCUAAUGGAAGUGCAGAGAAUAAGAUUGGGACUCUGCCUCCUAGUCUCAACUAUGGGUUGUCAUAGAUUUUGUCCACUAAUAAACUCGGCCAGAUUUCUAGAUAAGGGAGCUGCUCCAUCUAAAGUGGGAUGAAUGCUUUCCAAACCAGACCAGGUCUUCCCCAGGAAGUCCGCCAAUUUUCUACAAAGCCCACAUAAUUUGAUGGACACCACCUCCACAACAGGCGGUGGAAUGAUGACAAUGUCUGACAUUGUUCUUGCAUAUGUACACACCAACUCAACAUAUAUUAACAUAUCUUCUUUAUUUACACAACAACACAGCAUGGUAUGAACGCUUGAAAUACAUUUUAGGGUAAAACAGACAAACUACAAAAACAAUUUCAAUUGUAAUAAUAGAUAUUUUUUCACCAGAAAUCAAUGGAAACUCCAAGGAAAAAUUUACCACCAUGCCAAGGCCCAAAUCCUUAACCAACAAUCCAAAGCACUCCAGCCCAAGUCCCAGCUCAUCCUCUUCUCCCUCCUCUAACUCUGCAACUACCACAGUGUCCAGAAUGAAAGUGUUGAAAAAGAACUCAGAUGGUGCUGGAAGUGAUACUGAUGUGGAACAACUCAAACAGGAAAUUCUGGAAGAAGUGAAAAAAGAACUUCAAAAAGUGAAGGAUGAGAUUAUCACAGCACUGAUCCAGGAGCUGCAAAGGGCACAGCCAAAGGGUGACGAGUGAAUAACUGAAGAAUGGAUCAAGACAAUAAUAAGUGGUACAGUUUAGAGCCUGACCAAUACUGGAAUCUUGAGGUUGAUGCUGAUAUUAAUGUUUAAAGAGUAACAAGAAUUGGAAGACCAUAUAGAUCUAUGGGCUGACAUUCCUUUUUUAAAUAUAUAAUUUUGAUAAGAAUGUCUCAUACUGUUUUUAAUGAAUUAUGACUUCAAUAUGUACUAAGCAGCGCAAAUUGCAGUUGAGAAUUAAGUGUUAUCUGGUUGAUAAAUGUAAUGGAGACACUUUCUAAAUUACCUCAAACCUAUUUUAUGUCUGGCAUUUUUGUCUAUCCUGUUUCUCAGUACAGUAAAUACAACUGCUAGCCAUGAUACUUUUUUUUGCAUGUGAGAGGAAGACACAUUGUAUCAAAUAUUAAAAUGUGUCUUUGUCUUUAACUGAUUCACUUUUUGCCAGUCCUCUUCCGUUUCGGUGGAACUUCCUCCCUACUGUCCUGUUUCCUUUGCGGCACAUACAGGUGUGGUGUGCGUAACAACAGCAUAAAUGCACAAUACAAUUUAAUUAAAAACUUCACUUUAGUAAAAGUAAUGCAAAAUGGCCCACGUUAUAUUAUUUAGUGGUUAUAUAUACAUUAAAUGUUGUGAUGAUGGCUGAGGUAUUCAGCUAAGUAGUCUAAUUUAGAACAAUGUUCAUCAUAAAUUUUGUGUGCAGAAAUUUUUAUCCACAAGUUACUAGUAACAUAGCUCUUAGAUAAAUGUAAAAGUACAUUUCUGUUUGAAAGGAAGUGAAGUAAAGGUAUACAUUAGCAUGAAAUAGAAAUUCUCAGUACCUUAAAAUUGUACUUAAUAAGUUUACUUAGAUACUUUCCACCACUGUGUUUGUAAUUCUGUAUACUGAUCUCGGGGUAACCGAGACAUCAGUUUUCUGGAUAUAAAAUUAAUUUAAACAAAUCACCUAAUACUAUCCCGUUCUUUCCUUUCAAAUGGUCUUCAUCAGGUUUUGUCUGGUUUGUCUAGGUAUUUUUGUUUAACUCUAUCUCUACAUUUCAUCAAUUGUAUGAAGCCAGUUUUCUUCUAUUAUCUGGUAAAAUAAGACGUUUGUUGUGGGGAAAAAUAACAUAGUAUUAAAAUAAGUAUUCUGAAAAAUAAGAAUCAUUUAGUGAAAUUUCUUGGUAUAUGGUUGCAAUGGAAACAGUGAAAACAUGGUGUGAGAAAUUGUUGCCAAUAAAACACCUUUUGCAAAAUA